AUGGACAGGACACGCAAAAAGGUGAAUAGGCAAAUCCAGAAGGCUCUGAGGGACUCUUGGGGUUCUGUCAUUCACCACCCAGAGAUAAGGCAUGAUAGGUUGGAGCUUUUUCAGCAAGAUGGUGUGCAUUUGACAGAUGUGGACAAUGACAUCUUCCUGAUGGACCUGCAGAAGGGCCUACACAAGAUUGUUAUUGGGUAUUUGCAACCUGCUGAUCUAGUCAUUGGUGGCAUUACUUCUCAGUUCUUUUUGCCUGAAAAACUGAACACCUUUGAUAAAGACCCUGAUGAUGAACUGAUAGAAGAAACUCCUAUACUGCCGAAGAACUAUCUGCACACCUUAGCAUUGGUAUAUGCUGUGAAGGAGAUCAAUGAAAACCACUGUAUUUUACCCAAUGUCACCUUGGGCUUUCACAUCUACGAAUGUUACUCCAUUCCAUAUUGGACCUACCAUAGCACAUUGCAACUUCUCUCAACAGAGAACAGAUUUAUCCCAAACUAUAAGUGUGGUAUCCAGAACAAACUGAUGGCUGUUAUUGGAGCUCUUUAUUCUGAAACCUCUCUCCACAUGGCAACAGUACUAGGAAUGUACAAAGUUCCACAGAUGGUCCCAAAUGAAGCCUAUGAGCAUAAAGGAAUUCUCCUGCUACUUUUGCACUUCAGAUGGACGUGGGUUGGAAUCAUUGCAAAAAAUAAUGAAAAUGGGGAUAGGUUUGUGUGGACAAUAUCAACAAUGUUUCCCCAAAGUGGAAUCUGUUUUUCCUUCAUAGAAAGAAUUGAAUCAGUGUAUGUCACUGAACUUUAUGAAGCGUUAAGUUCAUUGGUGAGAAUAUAUAAUGUUUGCUUACAUAGCAAUGCAAAUGUCGUGGUUGUCUAUGCAGUAAAUAUAGCACAUUUCAGAUGGUUGCUAUUCAUUCCAGAAAUUGAACAGGAUACAAUGCCACCCAAAGGUAAAGUGUGGAUUCUUACAGUUCAGCAGGAACUUAAUUCAUAUCCUUAUCAAAAGGGUUGGGAUAAACAAGCUAUCAAUGGUGUUUUGGGCUUCACCAUUCACUCAAAUGAAGUAUUAGGAUUCCAUAAUUUUCUUCAGAGCAGAAACCAUUUGGAGACCAAAGCAGAUGGUUUUAUCAGUGAUUUCUGGGUACAGGUAUUUGAGUGUCUAUUACCACAUAUAUUUGUUAACACAAAAGCUGAGAAAUACUGCACUGGUACAGAGAAACUGGAUAGCCUUCCUGGGGAUUUUUUUGAAAUAACCAUGAUUGGUCACAGCUACAACAUCUACAACGCUGUCUAUGCUGUGGCCCAUGGUUUGCAUGCCAUGCAGUUAUGCCAACUCAAACACAGAAGGAUGGUAAAUCUCCAAGAUCAGCAGUCAUGGCAGCUCCACCAAUUCCUGAAGAGAGUCGCAUUUAACAACAGUGUUGGGGAUGAGAUUUCUUUUGACCAGCAUGGACAAUUGGUAGCUGGAUUUGAUAUUAUAAACUGGGUUACUUUCCCAAACCAGUCCUUUCAAAGAGUGAGAGUUGGGAGGCUGGAUGCCAGAGCAAAAGCAUUCACUAUUAAUGAAGAUGGCAUUACAUGGCCCAGCAGUUUUAAACAGGCUCAGCCUAUUUCUGUAUGUACCGAGAGGUGCCAUCCAGGGUAUAGCAAGAAAAUGAAGGAGGGGGCACCAUUUUGCUGCUACGACUGCAUCCCAUGUACAGAAGGGAAAAUUUCAAACCAUGAUGACAUGGAUGACUGUUUUGAAUGUGCAGAAGAUCAAUAUCCAAACAAAGAACAAGACUGUUGUAUUCGCAAGACAGUAAACUUUUUGUCCUAUGAAGAACCAUUGGGGAUCAGUUUAGCCAUUUUUGCACUUUCCUCUUCUUUCUUCACAGCUUUGGUGCUAGGAAUAUUUAUAAAGCAACAAGACACUCCCAUUGUCAAAGCCAACAAUCAGAGUCUCACCUACACUCUCCUCAUUGCCCUCUUAUUCUGCUUCCUGUGUGCUUUGCUAUUUAUCGCUCUCCCAAAGAAGAUGAUAUGUCUCUUCCAACAAAUUAGUUUUGGCGUAAUCUUCUCUGUCGCUUUGUCGUGCAUAUUGGCAAAAACCAUCACAGUGGUUCUGGCUUUUAUGGCUACCAAACCAGGAAGCAGAAUGAGGAAGUGGGUGGGGAAACAAUUGGGCAGCUGCAUUGUCCUUUGCUGCUCCCUUAUCCAAGUAGCAAUUUGUGCUGCUUGGCUAGCAAUGUCUCCCCCAUUUCCAUAUGCUGACAUGCACUCUGUGACUGAAGAAAUUAUACUAGGAUGUGAUAAGGGGUCUGUGACUAUGUUUUACUGUGUCUUAGGUUAUAUGGGCUUCCUGGCCAUCAUCACUUUCACUGUGGCUUUUUUUGCCAGGAAGUUACCUGACAGUUUUAAUGAAUCCAAGUUUAUCACUUUCAGCAUGUUGGUCUUUUGCAGUGUUUGGGUCUCCUUUAUUCCAACCUACUUAAGUACUAAAGGAAAAUACACUGUAGCUGUGGAAGUCUUCUCCAUUUUAACAUCUAGUGCUGGCUUGCUGGCUUGCAUCUUUUUACCUAAAUGUUAUAUUAUUGUAAUCAGACCACCUAGAAAUUUAUUU